AUGGUCUACUACUCUGCCAGCGCCUACGCUCCGCCGAAACACCACCAGAUCCUGUCUUGGAAUUUCAAGAACCCUGAGAUGAACGGCAACCUGUCGUCCACCUUCCACCCACUCCAAACCUUCGCCUCCACCGCCGAGACCAGCGACGCAUUCGCCUACAUUGGCGUCGAUGAUGACAGGAAGGAGAUCAUCGUGGCCUUCAAGGGCACCAACGGCACGCUGGACGCCCUGCACGACAUCGUGACAUCUCUCGACAACGUCUUACACUACGUCGACCUGUGCGAAAUCACCAGCGAGGUCAAGUUCAACAUUCACAAGGGCUUCUGCUGGUACUACCAGAGCCUUCUGGAGUCCGGGCUCAUGAAUGCCUUCGUCGGCGUGACAAGCAAGUUCCCCGACUAUCAAGUCAUGGCCACGGGCCACUCGCUCGGCGGAGCGCUGGCCUCGAUCUUUGCUUUCCACGCCGCCUCAUCGGAGCCUAACGGGAACCAGAUCAAGGUCUACACCUUUGGCUCGCCCAGGGUCGGGGACACGGGCUUCGCGAAGGCCUUCAACUCGCUGGGGAUCGAGUCGUGGCGGGUGGUCCAUUGGAAGGACAUCGUCGUGCACAUGGCGCCUUGCUGCAGCGGCUUCUUCGGGCUCGGCCCGUGCGAUGCGGAUGGGAAUGGGUGUCCCUUCCAUUUCGGUGGCGAGGCAUUCUAUGGCGACGGCAUGAACAAGGACCCUUUGGCCAUCUGUGACCUUGAUCUGUACGAGGGCGUGCGGUACCACGUCGACUACUUUGGGAUUCGCGUGGGCAACUUCGCGACAGUCAAGCCCGACCCCGCGCGCGAGCGGGAGCAGGCGGACGAGCUCGCAGCCUAUCUCGCCACCCACGGCAGCCGACCAGUGGGCCUGCCAGGGCGACUCUAA